ACAAAUAUAGAUUUCGGUUAAGCCCCGAAUGUUCACAAUGUCUGGCUCCGCCCCUUAUUAUGUCCAUAAAUAAUUCACAUGGCCUACAUAGCCAGUACGAAUUAGGCUAUAGCCUAUAAUUUUUUAGCCACAAGACGAUUCUUGAUGAAUCAAAAAAACAAAAAGUUAGCUAUGAAUAUUAGCCUAGAAAAUGCUGCCCUACCAAAAUUUGUGAUUGCCCCCCCAGUCCAGCAAGCCUAGUACCGGGCCUGCGCGAACUCAUUCUGAACAGCUGAUGAAAAAGCAGAGACGAUUGUAGACGAAAAUGAAGAGAGAUUUUAUCUUAGUUUUUAUUUUAUACAAAACAUUUUCGUCUCGUCUUUUUUCGUCAACAAUAAUGCAUGUUAAUUUAUUCUUAGUCAGCGUUUUUGGACAGUGGUGCAGUCUUGUCAUCGUCUCGUCUUAGUCAUGAAAAAAAAGGUCGUUGACGAACAUAUUUCGUCUCGUCUCGUCUCGUCUGACGAAAUUAACACUACUGUCCACCUACCAGAUCCACUCAAUAACUGGAAGGCCCCUCAGUCGAAGAAACGUCAAUCAUAUUGUCGGACUCGUUCAACUCCAAGUGGGUGUUCUUCACGUCGAACAACUCCAUCUGCUGGUUCUGGAGUCCAGAUAGCAAUUACGUUUGGGCCACAUGUGAGUAUUAUCUGGCACAUAUGGCCUAGAUGUGGCAUGGCUGAACAGAUAUGGGCCAAAUUGUAGCCAUAUUUGUUUUGCCAUAAUUUUAAAAACUGCGGGAAAUGCUCUCUUGGUUCACAACUGAUUUUGAGGUCUAUGGCCCAGAUAACAACAAACACAUGAGAACCAUAUGUGGUUGAGCUAUGGCACACAGUGAGAAAAGCCGACUUGUGGUAAACAUUUGGCUUAUACGUGGAAAAACACAGGAAUCCUGAAAUCAAGUGCGGCAAACAUCUGCCGUUCCACACCUCAGGUUGCUAUGCAUCUUCCCUCCUAUUGGUGGAGAGACUACGGCGCGAAUUUGACUGAGUGAGUAGUGAGACGCGGGCAGCGGGCGGCAUUUCUGCUUUCCUCACGACUGUGUACGUUCAGAUUUAUUCGGUGAGACUUUUCCUUCAAAUUAUCAUCAUGGACAUUGCAAGUAAAUGUAAACAAAAUAACCUUAGAAGGAGGGCUGUUAAAAAAGUAAAUUACUUAUUUGACUCCCUUGGUUGCGUUCAAGAUAGUGAGGAAGAAUUAGGCCUACACUCAGAUCAUUUAUCUACCAGGCAUGCCUCAGAUUCUGAGGAGCCAUGUGCUGAGUCAUCAUCAGAGGUGGAUUCUGAUGAUAAUCAAUCUGAUGAUGGGAAUUUAGUGAGUGUCGAUUUGGUUGCUUCACUGGCAGGCUGGGCUGUAAAUUUUGGAAUCUCUCUGAUUGCUUUGUCUGCCCUUUUGACUAUACUUAGGGUGCAUCUCCUUUUCCUUCCUAAAGAUGGUAGAACUCUGCUUAGAACAAAAACCUCGUACAAGACUCAAAUGAUAGCUGGUGGAGAUUUUCAUUACUUCGGUAUACUAAAUUCACUAAAGACAGCAUUUUAAAACAUGUGGUCCAAAGUUCCUGACCAACACAUUUUUAGACUGCAGUUAAACUUUGAUGGCAUUCCACUCUUUAAUAGCAACUCUGUACAGUUUUGGCCAAUACUUGGUAUUCUUCAAGACUGUUAAGUAAAGAGGCCCUUCGUAAUCGGACUGUUCUGUGGUAGCUCUAAACCAAAAUCUUUGAACGAAUAUUUGAAAGAUCUUGUAAGUGAAUUGAAAACACUGAGCUGUGGGUUUGGCAUUAAAGGCAAAUGGUUCUUUUUAAAAGUUAGUUCUGUUGUAUGUGAUGCACCUGCUAGGGCUUUUAUCAAAGCCAUCAAGAGUCACACUGGCCACUCUGCCUGUGGUAAAUGUACUCAAACUGGCUUGUAUCUCAAACACAGAAUGACCUUUCCUGAAAUGAAUGCCCCACUUAGGACAAACCUCUCUUUCCGGCAGAUGAUAGAUGAAGACCAUCAUGUUGCCAAGUCUCCUCUAAUAGAAACAAACAUUGACAUGGUUGGUGGUUUUCCUCAUGACUACAUGCAUCUGGUUUGUCUUGGGAUGAUGCGGAGACUUUUAGAUCUUUGGCUGAGUUCAGGGCCACUCCGUGUUCGAUUAUCUUCCCGGCUGAGUCAAGUAAUUUCAGAUUCUCUUGUAGGGUUGAGAUUUUACAUACCUUCUGAUUUUGCACGUAAACCAAGACCACUAACACAUAGACUGAGGUGGAAAGCUACAGAACUUAGGCAGUUCUUGUUAUACACGGGUCCAGUGGUCCUUUGUAAUGUCCUGGCCCCACCAGUGUACAGCCAUUUUAUGCUUUUGUCAGUUUCUGUUUAUAUUCUUCUCAGUCAGAAAUUUUGCUUUCUGUUAAAUGACUUUGCUCAUACAUGUCUAGUGUCUUUUGUUGAACAUUUCGGCGUGUUAUAUGGUCAGGAAUUUCUUUGUUACAAUAUGCAUGGAUUACUGCACCUCUGUGAGGACGUGAAGCAGCAUGGUAAUUUAGAUGAAUUUUCUGCUUUUCCUUUUGAAAAUUUCUUGGGCACUCUUAAAAAGCUUGUCAGAAGACCUAGCAAUCCUUUAGCCCAAGUCAUUCGCAGGCUAUCCGAAAUAAAUGCUCAGAGCAAUGCACGCGAUGAGACUAUCAAUAGGACCCUUAGACGUGAACACAACAAUGGCCCUGUACCUUUGAUAUUUUCAAAAGCAGUUAACCAGUUUCAAGAGGCUUUCCUUGGUGGUUUAGUCAUUAAAAUAACUGAAGGAGACAAUUGUGUGAAAAUACAGAAUAGUAUUGCCACUGUUGUGAACAUAAUUUUGAGCGAAGGAAAAGUAUUUUUUGUGUACAAAGAGUAUAAACAUAGAAGCUCUUUCUUUGACUAUCCAAUGAAUUCAAGUGAUUUGGGAAUUUUUGUUGUGAGGGAACUCUCCGAAGACGUGCACAUCUCAGAGUUUGAUGGCAAUAUUGAGAAGUAUGUUAGGUUACCUCUUAGAGAAAAUUUUGUUGUUUUUCCAUUACUACAUUCUGCACAAGUUCAUGAAACAGAAAAUUAAAUAUGGGAUGUGUGGCGAUAAACCAGUACAAAAGUCUCAGUUGGCAUGUUCCAUAUUGUUUCUUUUUUGGAAACAAAUGAGGUGGAAGUGGUGCCCAGCGGUUGGGUAGAUGGUGACCAAUGUGUCUGGCCACGCCUAAGAGGGGAGAGCCUCACAAAGGCUGUGAAACUUGCAAUGAAACCCAAGAAAGAGUGGAAAAUCUUUAAAGUAAAGCUUCUCUACACAACAGACAACUAUGAUGAUGCCAGGAAAAAGCUCCCUGAAGCAGAACUCUUCUCUGACAUUCAAUCUGAUACAGAGAGUGGGGCUAAAAAACCUAGACGAAUUAUGAAGAGCUUUAGACUUCAAAACUUUAAACUUUUGAGUGACAGUGAUGAUGAUGAUAAUGAAGGGCAAAAUUUUAAAGGCCUGGAACCACCGCCUCGUAUUAAGCCACCAGCAUUUCAAACAUUCAGUCAGUCAACUCAAAGCCCCUCUUCAGCAAGACAGCAGCCUCCUCUCUGCCAGCCAGCUAGUCAGCCACCAGCAAGUGACCAAUCCCCGUUCUACAAGCCAGCUAGUCAAAAUCACCAACCACCUCUCUACCAGCCAGCAAGUCAGCCAUCAGCAAGUGACCAAUCCCAGUUCUACAAGCCAGCUAGUCAGCCACCAGCAAGUGACCAAUCCCCGUUCUACAAGCCAGCUAGUCAGCCACCAGCAAGUGACCAAUCCCCGUUCUACAAGCCAGAUAGUCAGCCACCAGCAAGUGACCAAUCCCCGUUCUACAAGCCAGCUAGUCAGCCACCAGCAAGUGACCAAUCCCCGUUCUACAAGCCAGCUAGUCAGCCACCAGCAAGUGACCAAUCCCCGUUCUACAAGCCAGCUAGUCAGCCACCAGCAAGUGACCAAUCCCCGUUCUACAAGCCAGCUAGUCAGCCACCAGCAAGUGACCAAUCCCCGUUCUACAAGCCAGCUAGUCAGCCACCAGCAAGUGACCAAUCCCCGUUCUACAAGCCAGCUAGUCAGCCACCAGCAAGUGACCAAUCCCAGUUCUACAAGCCAGCUAGUCAGCCACCAGCAAGUGACCAAUCCCAGUUCUACAAGCCAGCUAGUCAGCCACCUGCAAGUGACCAAUCCCAGUUCUACAAGCCAGCUAGUCAGCCACCAGCAAGUGACCAAUCCCAGUUCUACAAGCCAGCUAGUCAGCCACCAGCAAGUGACCAAUCCCAGUUCUACAAGCCAGCUAGUCAGCCACCAGCAAGUGACCAAUCCCAGUUCUACCAGCCAGCUAGUCAGCCACCAGCAAGUGACCAAUCCCAGUUCUACAAGCCAGCUAGUCAGCCACCAGCAAGUGACCAAUCCCAGUUCUACAAGCCAGCUAGUCAGCCACCAGCAAGUGACCAAUCCCAGUUCUACAAGACAGCUAGUCAGCCACCAGCAUGGAGCCAACCACCUCUCCAACAGCUAGCUAGUCAGCCACUGCUAAAUCACCAACCAUCUCUCUUGCAGCUAAAUAGCCAGCCAAGUUUAGAUUACUUGCAGCCAGCAGGCUCAGAAUCUGGCAUAAGGAGAAACCAACCACUACAAAUUUUGCUAAGGGAGAUAUUGACAAAACAAGAAAUGCUUCUAGACCAGCAAAAUACAAUUAUGAGAAUUCUACAGUCAACACAUCGCCCAAGGCCUGAUGUCCAUGAUGGGGCCAAGUUCAGAGAUCGUCUUCCUGUCAAAGAUGUAGAGUCUCUCCGGUGCCUGGAGGCUGAGCUGAAGAUGAACCCUGAUUCUAAAUCAGAAUUGGUAAGAAAUAAAUUAUAGCCUAGUAGUUCGAAACAGUAAAGAAAUUAAAAAAUAAAAUACUUCAUAGUCUUCCCUGUAUGAACUAAAUAUAAAUCUGUUCUUAUUAAAGCUAUAACGGUGCAUUCACAAGCGGCGUAGCGCUAAAUUUUUUUCCCCCAUUUACUUUGAAUGGCUGAUGUCAUGCGUUGCCAAACUGAAUUUUGGGUUCCGUUGUGUCGCUUCACUGGCAUUGCUUGCGGCAGAAGUUGAAACUUUUCAAGCGCCAAUGAAGGCGUCAGCCAAUCAGAUCACCUUUAUGCAAAUAUCCUAGAGCGUUGCAGUCCAAGCUGAAAGUAAUGUGAUUGGCUAUUGUCACUAUGACAGUUGUUAACGCCAAGCUUCAGACCAAGCUACAUCAAGCAUCGACGCUGACGCUUCGCGUGAAUGCAGUGUAAUAGUUAUUCAAUCAAGGGCAGUAAGUUAUUUUCUCUCUUGUUUGAUUAGCUUUAAUGGCACAGAGAGCAAUAAGUAUAUUAGGCUGCUAAUUAUACUGACCAUACUAAUAAACAUCUAGUUUACACCCAACUGUUUAUGUUCACCUGAGACACAACCAACUGUUUACAUGAAUACUACACACGAUAGUCAUUUUGUCAGAUAACUGAAUUGGUUUUCUGUGUGUGCACUUUAGCUGUGUCAGCAUGUGCACCGCAUGGGACAGUUCACCCAAAAAUGAAAAUUAGCCCAUGAUUUGCUCACCUUCAAGUCAUCCUAGGUGUAUAUGACAUUCUUCUUUCAGAUGAAUACAAUCAAAGUUAUAUUGAAAAAUAUCCCGGCUCUUCUAAGCUUUAUAAUGGCAGUGAAUGACUGUUUCUGUUCAUAUAUUCUGUCUAGUGCAUCCAUCCACAAUUAAAGUAAUCCUCACGGCUCUGGGGGGUUAAUAAAAGCCUUCUGAAGCCAUGAGUUUGUGUAAGAAAAAUAUCCACCUUACACAAACGCAUCGCUUCCCUUCAGAAGGCCUUUAUUUACCCCCGAGAGCCGUGAGGAUUACUUUAAUCAUGGAUAGAUGCACUUUUAUGGACUUCAAAACAGAAACGGCCAUUCACUGCCAUUGGGACAGUUUUUUAUUAGGGCCCGAGCACCGAUGGUGUGAGGACCCUAUUGGAAUUGCUCCGUUUAUUAGGGCC